UUGAAACAAAUAUUCUCAAGAAUGACAAAUGAUCAUUAUACCCGAUUCAAACGUUUCCAGCUUUGAAGGGUAGCUAAUGUUACUGUUCUUUUGCUCGUUUUCUCUGUAUGAGGAGUUAUAAACUACGACUCAGAGGCAUACUUUGAUAUUUUUAUGUAUCACCUAGGGUUCGCAGUUCCGAGUAUUCUGUUUCACCUAGUUUCAGGCUUCAGAGUUAAUAAGACACUCAGCCAAAACUAUGGGAGUUGUAUCUUAGUGAGCCUGGCUUCUUUGUUCUAUCUAGGGGUUAUGUUCUGGACCCUGAUAACAUAUUUUGAGAUGUCUGCAACCAAAAAUAAAGUUGCUCAGGAGGAACUAUGGUUUUUUCUGUUUUAUUACUUGAUUCCAGGCUCGGUGAUUUCCGUAUCUUUCUUGGCGAUAGCGUUAUUUUACUUAGAGGAGGAAGAAGUUGUCCCAGAUGAUUAUCUAGAAUCAAAUGUGGAGCUUCCAAUUUUACGGCUACACUUCGUUCGGACUUAGCACAUCAGAUAUCAGAAAAAUGCAUUCUAACUUGCACAUCCAUCUUUAAAACCUA